AACCCUAACUACUACGCUCGCCCGCUCCUCGCUCCUCAGUCUCCCAAAAACGAGAAAAAAAAAAAGAAAAAAAAAAGAAAACCCUUCGACCUCGUUCCUAAACCCGACCCUUUCUCUCUCUCCCUCACCUCAGUUCCCUUCUCUUUCGACCACAACAUCCUUCUUUCCGAUGCCUAACCCCGCGACGGCGGCGGCGGCGGCGGCGGCGGCGCCGUCAUCUUCUUCCAAGAAGAGCGCCGGCGACCCGCCCGAGUCCGCCGGCGCCGGCGCCGGCUCCGUCCAGAAGGCCCAGCGGUCGAAGCCCGCUCGGCCCUCCGACGACGCCGACAAGAAGUUGCUUUUUUCUGAAGAACAGACCAAAAGGCUCAAGGAUGUGGAGAUCAGCUUUCCUAUUGUGUACGGAACAAUAUCAUUUUGGCUUGGUAAAAAAGCAAGCGAGUACAAUUCACACAAAUGGACUGUCUAUGUCCGUGGAGCAACAAAUGAGGAUUUAAGCGUGAUAGUUAAGCGUGCAGUGUUUCAACUACAUCCCAGCUUCAACAAUCCGACAAGGGUUGUGGAGUCGGCACCUUUUGAGGUAUCGGAAUCUGGUUGGGGAGAAUUUGAAAUAGCCAUUAGCCUUUUCUUCCACAGUGAUGUUUGUGACAAGCAGUUGGAUCUAUAUCACCAGCUAAAGUUGUAUCCUGAAGAUGAUAGUGCUCCUCAGUCCACUAAAAAGCCUGUUGUAAUUGAAACAUAUGAUGAGGUUGUAUUUUCGGAGCCUACAGAAGCUUUUUUUGCUAGAGUUCAGAAUCAUCCAGCUGCAGUUGUACCUAGGCUACCUCCUGGUUUAUCCUUGCCACCCCCAGCGCCACUUGAGCAUGUAAAUGAAAAGAAACGAGGUGACACUAAAGAUCAUGCACUGAGUCAGUGGUUCAUGAAUUUCUCCGAGGCAGAUGAGCUAUUAAAACUGGCAGCAGCUCGUCAACAGGUGCAAGCUCACAUAGUUAAGCUCAGAAGACAGUUAACCAAGAUUGAUGGGCCGCCACAACAGUCAAGAGCUGCUUCUGGUCAGUAACUAUACCUGUGGUUUUCCCUUUAGCGGUUGUCUACAGAGUUCCAGAUACUGUGGACAAACAAAACUUGCUUCCAGUAACAGUAUGCCGAUGACUUGAAGUUAGAAUUUUGAAGCAAAUAGGGAGGUCCCAUACGAAAUGGAAAUAGGAACUGCAGUGAGGCUGCUUUCUUUCAUUUGACAUGGCACAAUUUUCAGUGGGAAUGCUUUCGCUACUGCAUUUAGUUCUAUUGUUCUCUGUAGUUUGCUUCGUUGUGUUUGUAAAGUUUAUUGGACCUUACAGCAAUGAGCAAACAUUUGUGUUGCAGAUAGUAAAGGUAAGUACAUCGAAAAAAAGGAUUUAUUGUCAGUUUUUCAUUUUUAUUUUGUUUCAGCUUUCUGCCUUUGUGCUUUGAAGGGAAAACUUCAAAAGGUCUCCUGUAAUGUAGUGCAUUUACAUUGUGCUUCAAAGUGCAGUACUUUGCUAUUAAGUGGUUUUUGUUUUUGUUUUCCGUAAGGAACUGUGGUUAAUGGGGCGGCAAAAUGCUAUAAUUAUAUAAACAACGAAUUAGUAAAGUACAAGCUGGAUUGUACCAUUC